AUGGACAUGCGAACAUUCGUAAUUCUAUGCCAUUUACUUAGAAAUGUGGCUGGUCUUUCAUCGACAGAGAUUGUCAAUGUUGAGGAAAUGGUAGCAAUGUUCUUGCACGUCCUUGCUCAUGACGUAACGAACCGCGUCAUUCAACGGGAAUUUGUACGAUCCGGUGAGACAGUAUCUUUACAUUUUAACCUCGUAUUGUUGGCUGUGGUUCGACUGUACGAGGAGUUGAUAAAGAGACCUGUUCUGGGAUUUCUCACUCUUUACAGAGGCCAGCGGUACCACUUGCAAGAGUGGCGUGGUGCUGGAAAUGCACCAAUAAAUGCAAAGGAGUACUUCAACAUGAAGCACUCUUCGGCAAGGAAUGUCAUUGAGCGCGCCUUCGGUGUUUUUAAGGGUCAUUGGGCCAUUCUUCAUGGAAAGUCAUACUAUCUCCUACAAGUCCAGUGUCGUACCAUACUAGCAUGUUGCUUGCUCCACAAUUUGAUAAACAGAGAAAUGACAUAUUGUGACGACGUUUACGAUGUGGACGAGGGGGAUUCUGCAUACGCGACAACUACUGCUUCAGAAGACAUCCACUACAUUGAGACGAAAAACGAGUGGUCUCAGUGGCGUGAUGAACUAGCCGAAUCGAUGUUCACAGAUUGGAAGUUGCGUAACGCUUAG